GAAGUUGUGUGCGCGGUCAGACACAAGGGGGGAGGAGAGGAGAAAAGAUGGCGGAGAGUUGGUAGAGCUUUGCACCAGGUUGAAUGCCACUACUCACUACCUGUCUUUUCACCUUCAGCAGAGCUGCUCUGUGCCUCUUGUACAAGUGAAGUGAGUGAGUAAUGUUUUUACAAGGACACACAAACGUUUAAGGGAUUGGGACAACUUGCUAUUUUGUGUAACUUGUGUCACGUUAAGAAUCCAGGAUGUGGCAUGAGGCUCGGAAACACGAGCGGAAACUGCGCGGGAUGAUGGUGGAUUACAAGAAACGGGCUGAGCGACGCAGGGAGUACUACGAGAAGAUAAAAAAAGAUCCAGCGCAGUUUCUGCAGGUGCACGGUCGAGCAUGUAAAAUUCACCUGGAUUCUGCCGUGGCCCUUGCUGCAGAGAGCCCUCUCAACAUGAUGCCCUGGCAGGGUGAUACAAACAACAUGAUUGAUCGGUUUGAUGUUCGGGCUCAUCUGGAUUACAUCCUGGAGUACACCCCACCUUUCCUGAGCGCUCUCUCUCCAGAACAUGACAAUGAUGAACGGAAGUGUAAUUACGAGCGGUACAGAGGUCUGGUGCAGAAUGAUUUUGCAGGCAUUGCUGAGGAGCAGUGUCUGUACCAGAUCUACAUUGAUGAGCUGUACGGGGGCAUGCAGAAACCCAACGACGAUGAGAAGAAGAAACUGGCAGAAAAGAAAGCUUCCAUUGGCUACACUUACGAUGACAGCUCAGUAACCACAGAUGAAAAGAUCGAGGAGAGGGACGAAGAUGAAGAGGAAGAUUCAGAUGAGAAGAGUGACUCGGAUGAAGAGAUCCCAGACAUAGAUGUUGAAGUGGAUGUUGAUGAAUUAAACUCUGAACAAACUUUGGAGCUGAACAAACUCGCUACCACUUACGGAAUGUCUGAGGGUGACUUUGUCAGGAUGCUGCGUAAGGACAAAGAGGAGGUGGAGGCAAUUAAACAUGCCAAGGCCCUGGAGGAGGAGAAGGCGAUGUACUCGGGACGAAGGUCGCGACGGCAAAGAAGAGAAUUCAGAGAAAAGCGUUUGAAGGGGAGGAAAAUCAGCCCACCCAGUUAUGCAAGGAGGGACAGCCCAACAUAUGAUCCAUAUAAAAGGUCACAGUCUGAAUCCAGCUCAGGGACGAGAUCACGGUCACGCUCGAACUCCCCAGCCCACGAGGAGAAGAUCACUUACAUCACAAGUUUUGGGGGCAGUGAGGAUGAGGGCGCAUCAGCUGCACAGGCAGGAGUGGCCACAGCCAAGACCCCAUUGAGCAGGCACCGGACUUCCAACUCGCUGCAAAGCUCUGGCACAGGUCAUACCAGCUCUUCCCGGCGUCGUUCCUCUUCCUCUUCCAGGUCUUCCAGAUCUCGGUCCGGUUCUCGUAACCACCAUUCCCGCAGGCAUCGGCGAUCAAGCCGCUACUCGCGCUCCCGUUCGCGCAACAGGCACUACUCCGGGUCCCACGGGCGGUAUGGCAGGGGGUGUUCCCGGGAUGGGCGCCGCUGCUCACGCUCGCAGUCUCGCUCAGCCGACAGGAUGCGAUACGUCAGCUCCCGCAGCCGCGGCAGGCGAUCCAGGUCAAGGAGUCAUUCGCGUUCAGGUGACCGUUAUCGCCGGAGCACCAGGACAAGCUACAGCUCGAGUCGACGUUGGAACAGCAGCAGUCGGAGCAGCAGCGACAGUAUGAGUGGCUCCCAGAGUCAGAGCAAAUCUUUGUCCCCCGUCAAAGAGAACCUGGGAAAAGUGGCUGCUUCACCUGCCAUGGGCGAGAAAUUGAAAAAGUCUGACACUCCUGUGGGUAAAGAGUCCGGAGCUGCCAAACCAAAGCUGACACCACAGGAAAAGCUGAAACUCCGCAUGCAGAAGGCGCUGAAUAAACAGUUUAAAGCUGACAAGAAAGCGGCUCAGGAGAAACAGAUGCAGCAAGAACAGGAGCGACAGGAGCGUGAAGAUGAACUACGAGCCAUGGCUCGAAAGAUCCGACUAAAGGAGCGAGAACGCAGAGAUAAAGAAAGGGACGAGUGGGAGAAGGAGUACCCGAGAAGGAGCCGUUCAUGCUCCCCAAGACACGGCCGUGAUUACAGCAGCUCAUCGCGAAGACGUUCUCGCUCGCGUUCGAGAAGCCCUCACCAUCGUCAUUAGAAGCCACUGCUCAUCCUUCAGUUGGCCUCCUCGCUAAUUUUAGCGUUCCUCUUGAUCCAUCGACACGGCCAGUAACACAGCGUUCUCUCCACGCAGAGCCAUCAAGAACUAGCUGCAGGAGCCAAAUGCCUAAUAACUACUGUGCACGUGCGCCUGUAUGUAUGUACAUUCUAUUUAUCGUGUCAGCGAUGUACACCCAACCACUUUGGGUUGUAUCUGUACUGCAGCUGUGUAUAACCCAGGGUUGGAAGCAAAGCACGUCUGUAAUUGUCACAGUUUUAUUUAGUAAAGUAUAGAGUGACUCUGCUUCAAAAGAUUUGCUUUAAGGUGACCGUACCAGCAAACAGCUCUGUUUUUAAUCUCGUUUUUUUUCCUUCUUUGACACCUAAUCUUUUGUCUGCUUUCUCAGUCACAAUAUUGACAAAAUGUUUGGACGCGGGUAUGUUUGUGUGUGCGUGUGUGUAUGUAAUGCGUGUACAUUUGUAUCUCCAUUUGACAGCUAUCCUCGUUAGUUUUAAGGGGCUGGAAGUGGGUGAAAGUCUUGCCUUAGUUUGUGACCUUACUCUGCUGGAGAGCACAAGUGAUAGCAACUGAACUGUACUUCCUGUAAGGUCUGGUACAUGGUUUGGUUUCCCUUCCCUGUUCAAGGACUGGGCCCCUGUGCUUUCUUAGGGUAGUCUGGUGACUCCAGAAAGAUGUUAUUGUGUGUCAAAACCAAAAUGGGUAUUUAGUGACAAAUUAAAACGCUUGCAGACUCAGACUGGAAUUAGAUGCUCCCACAAACAGAGAAGUAGCCCAACACCUUGGUAUCCCACCUUCCUGAGAAGAUUGAAAGCAAGAGGGUGCAUUCCGAUGGUACAGGACUGUGUCUGUAUAGCAUGAAUGCAGAAGUGUCAAAUAAACAUACCUUUUUUUUUCUAAAGAAAAAUUCUGCUGCCCCUUUCUGGCAAGGCUGUGCUCUGGGCUGUUGUAGGCCUCCCGCCCAUUAGUGCCAGUGGUGAGCCCCCCUCCCCCCAAUACCAUUGUGCCCCUGAGUUGAAGGUCCUGCUGCCAAAUGUUUCUUAUCACUCUGUGAAUAAAUUCAGCAACAAGUCUGUACCCAAUUGGAGAUGAAGCAAAGCACCAUAACAGAAAGUAGAACUGCCAGGGCACAAAACCCACGAUGGACAGCCCCACCAGGAGGAAACACCUGUCCCUUUUUUUAAAGUGUCGGACAGUUUGGUUCCGCAGAAGUGCUGUGCCUGGCGAGUUUUCAAUCGCUGUGUUGGAAAGGAAAUUGUUAUUUACCAGAAAGCAUCAUUUCUGUACAGAGUUUACUCUUGGGUGUGUGUGCUAUCAGGUCCAGCUCAAAUCCAUGUUGAGGGAUUUUGGAGAUGUCCUGUUUCUGAGCUGGUUUAAGCAAGUGUCUGUCCUGGGCAGUACCUGCUCUGCAAUUCCAAUGCAGCGAAACCUGAUUUGGUUUAUCAUCUUUUGUUUAAAAUUUUCAGAUCAAUUAGAAAACCAUCUGUGUUUCGCGAGUUGAUAUUUUCUCUCCCCCAGCUCGCUAUCCUUUGGGCUACAUUAAUUCAUUGACAUUGUCUGUCUUGUUUUGUUCCCUCUCUUGUAUCUAUGGGAAGGAGGGCCCUGCUUGUGAAGAUGUGAUUCUGUGAUUAUUGUGUCUUGCUGUGACUGCAGACUGAUUCGGGCUUCACCACUUUAUUCUGACGUGUUUAAACAUUUUUAGGAGUUUUUGUCAUGUACAGUUUGUAAUUUUUGCCUCUUUCUGUAAAAUGUUUCUCCUUUAACAAAAAGUAAAAGUUUCUGUUUUCUCUG